AGCCGAGUCCGAAUCAAGUUUAACAAGAAGAAGUUAAGUGUGAAAGAGUUUUCUAAAAGAACGAUUAUUUUAGAAUGGCAAGAGAAGGACCAGUAUUUGAAGCAGCUGUUACAACUGCAGAGCUUCAAUCGUGAGGCAGAUCAAAUAGACGCCUCCAGCGGUGGGCAUGAGGCCUUCUUGGACUACCAGGAGUACGGGUCAUCAGUAGACGAAGCUGAGACGUUAGUGAAACGUCAAGAAGAGGCGGAGUCCCGUUUGGCCGCUCAAGACGAACGAGUGAGUGCGUUCGCGCAACGGGCCACUGCGCUUGCGACCCAGAAGCCGGAACAUUACGCGACUGAACAUAUACUAGCUCGUCGUGCAGCUGUGCUCCAACGUAGGGAGAAAGUUCGUCACGCCCUAGCAGAGAGAAGACGGGCGCUUUUAGCUAACUUGGCCCAUCAACAGUUUGUAGCGUCUACCGAAGAACUGCAAGCGUGGAUACAAGACAAAACACAAACAGCCAAUGAUCAAAGUUAUAGGGAAUUGGCCAAUUUGGAGCGGAAAUUGCAGAAGCACGAAGCGUUUGAAAGAGAAUUGCAAGCCAAUGAAAAGCAACUAAGGAACGUUGAAAGUAUUGGUCAGUCUCUUCAAAAAUCCGACCCGAGUCGUGCUGCAAACAUCUCGGAACGGCUCGACAAGAUGCAAACCAGCUGGGAGCAGCUUGUUGCAGCUUCGAGGGACAAAGGCAGCAAGUUGCGGCAGGCUUCGCAGCAGAGACAGCAUAGACGUGCCGUGGAAGACGCCAAAGCUCGCCUGGCUGAUUUGGAGCGAGAGUUGAAUAGCGAAGAAAUUGGCACAGAUCUGAGAAGCUGCAAGAGAUUGCUGAAUCAACAUCAGGCAUUGGAGCAAGAACUCACGCAAAUGGAGCAAAGGGCACAAGCCCUGUCAGUCCAAGGAGCGGACCUGGUCUCCGGCGGUCACUUUGACAGCGCUGCUAUUCAGAGGGAUUGUGCUGCGUUGCAAAACGCGUGUGCAGCUCUGAGACCUAGAGCUGUCGAGAGGAGGAGGGCCUUGGAGAGUAGUUUGCAGCUACACAAAUUAGCAGCAGAGGUGACAGGCGAAAUAGCAUGGGUCGACGAGAGAAAAGCGGCUGCAUCAUCCACAGCCCUGCCUCAAGAUCUGCACGCUGCUCAAACAGCUCAAAAGAAGCAUGCGAAAUUGCGAGCGGAGUUGCAAGGACGGAAACCGUUGGUGCAACGAGUUCUAGAUAGGGGUGAACAAUUGCCGAAGAAUCCGCAGGCUGACAAGAUCAAUCAACUUUGCAAAGAGCUCGAAAGCGCUUACUCCGAAAUAUCUCAAGCGGCUGAUGAACGCGCGGCUCGACUUGAAACAGCGCUUAAAGCUCAACAGUUCCUGCACGAUGCGCUGGAAGUGGACUCUUGGUUAGCGGACAAAGCUGCUGAGCUGGCCAGCGCUGAUGUUGGAAAUGACAGACAUCGUGCGACGCAAUUGCUGACCAGACACAAGGCGGUAGAAUUAGAGCUGGACACAUAUGCGGCUAUAAUAUCGGAGAUGGGCCACGUGGCGGGAGCCCUGGCUGCAAGUGGAGGGCCGGAGGGCGAAGCACUAGUGGAAAGACAUGAACAACUGUCCGCCAGCCUUGCGAGGCUGCAGCGUAGAGCUGCUUUGAGACAGGCUGCAUUGGUUGAGAGUGUUUGCAGACAUGAGUACUUGGCUGAAAGCGCGGAACUGGAGAGCUGGAUACAGGAGCAAUAUGGAGCUGCCUCCAGCGAAGACUAUGGGCAGGAUUACGAACAUCUAUUGGUUCUUCGUUCGAAAUUCGAGGAAUUGCGACACCGUGUGGAAAGCGGCGCGGAACGGUUUAGCCAAUGCGAGGAACUGGCGAAGAAAUUGCUCGCAUCUAACAGUCCAUAUAUUGGCGACAUCGAGGCAAGACAGGAAGCCCUUGGUGAAUCUUGGCAACGUUUGGUAGAACAAAUCGAGUCCCGCGCCCGUCGUCUUCACGCCGCGGGUGAAAUUCACCGAUUCCACAGAGAUGCGAGCGAAUUAUUAGCUAGAGCUGCCGAUCGCCGCGCCCAGCUGUCCGAACCGGCCCCGCCCAGGGACCUUAGGGCGGCCGAAGCAUUGCUAAGGAACCACACCACUGCGGAAAAUGAUUUGCUGGCCAUCGAUGCGCAGAUGCAGGUGUUACAAGAAGAAGGCUCUCGCCUCCAAAAGCUCUGUCCAGGUGGUAACGAGCAGCAAAUAGCAUUACGUCAGCGAGCGCUGUCAGAGGCCUGGAAUUCCCUUCGAGCUGCUGCAGAUGCUAGAAAGACGGUGCUUCAUCAUCAUCACCAAUUGCAACAGUUGUUGUCUGAGAUCCGUGACGUAAUGUCCUGGUCAAGCGAACUGCGCAGUCAAAUGUCAGCGAGUCUUGGUGCUCGUUCAGCGGCGGCUGCGCAGGCGCAACGAGCGCAUCACGACGCCCUGCGCGCUGAGAUUGACGCGCGAGACGACACUUUCAGGGAUGCGUUGGCCCACGGACAACAACUUGUUGAUGAUGGACACCCAAAUGCACAGGAAAUAGAAGAACGCUGCAACGCGUUGGUAGACGAGCGUGGCAAACUCCACGCGGCGUGGGCAGCUCGUCAGGUCGCCUUGGACCAACUGAUCGAUUGGCAUUGCUUCCUGAGGGACGCUAAGCAGCUCCACGAUCUAUGCACUGCGCAGGAGGCGGCUUUGAGUACUGAAAUAUCACCGACCCUCAGCGUGGAAGAAGUCGAGAAUUUACUGAAAAAACAUGAAGCGUUUGAGAAGCUUCUUGCAACUCAAGAUGAAAAACUGUCAACACUGAACUCCCACGGCGAUAAGUUAUUGCAACAAAACCAUGUCGAGAGCCAACGUAUUGCAGACGAACUGAGAGCUAUCAACGAACGAAGGAAGAAGUUAUACGCCAGUGCAGCAGAGCGUCGCGCACGUUUGUUACGCGCGCGUGCACGUGCUCAGUUCAGUCGUGACGCGAACGAAGCGCGUGGCUGGCUCGCUGAUAAAUUGGCGAUGCUCAACGCCCAACAUGGUGAAGUAACAAGCCUCGAAGACAAGAUGAAGAAGCUCCAGAAACACCAAGCGUUCACAGCUGAAUUGGUGGCAAACCGGGCUCGUCUCCAGGAAGUGGAGGAGUUGGCGAAACAGCUAGGACCUGAGAAGGAAGUGGUCCAAGAGUUGCAGCAGUUGAGGGAAGACUGGCGACGAUUGGAGAAAGCUGCGGAAGAAACUGGGCGUGGAUUGGAGGAAGCGCAGGAUAUUCUGGAAUUCAACCAGCAUUUGGAGAAAAUUGAGGCCUGGAUAAGAGAUAAGGAAAUGAUGGUCCAAGCCAACGAGGUGGGUCGUGAUUACGAACACUGCAGCGCUUUGCUUCGUAAAUUGGACGACCUGGACAGCGACAUGCAAGUUGAUGACAAACACGUCAAAAACGUGUGCGCACUAGCCGAUAAAUUGCUGAAACAGGGUCCUUCUCAACAAGCAGACGUCAUCAAGUCAAGACGGGACGCGUGUCUCUCAAAAUGGCAGGCGUUGAGUGGAGCCCUACAACGGUACAGGGAUAGACUGUCAGCGGCGCUGCAACUGCAUUCGUUCAAUAGGGAUGUAGAAGAUACAGCGGAGAGGAUAGCGAAGAAAGCCGCUUUAUUCAGCAGCAACGAACGUGGACGUGAGCUGCAAGCGGCUUACGAAUUGAAGAGAAGACAUCAAGCGAGAGCUGCUGAGGCUUCCGCUAUUGGUGAUAAGAUUGAAGCACUUAGAGCGCAAGGCACAGCGCUUGCUAAGAGCCAUCCAGACCAGGCAUCAGAGAUAGAAGAAAGUCUAAGCGGCUUGGACGAAGCCUGGGACAGGUUGAAACAACUUGGAGCCAAACGAAGCGCCUUGCUUGAUGAUGCCAUUGCGGAACACAAGUUUGAAGACAGUCUUAAGGAAUUAGAGUUAUGGGUGUCAGAAACUGUAAAGCGCAUGUCUGGUGCUGAACCUGAGAGCGUCUCCCAUGCUGAGGGUUUGCUGGAAAUGCACCACGAGAGAAAGGCUGAAAUCGAUGGACGUCAAAAAGUAAUCAGUUCCCUUCAAAAAGAGGCCGAUCAGGCGAAGGAACCGGAGAAAGUAAAACGUGUAGAGAAGCUGUCAUCGACACUCGAUCAGGCCUGGCUGCAGAGGAAGAAUUACUUGACUCAGGCGCACGAGUUGCAGCUCCUCAACGAGCAAGCGAGGCAGGUGGAAGAUUGGCUCGCUGCUAAAGAAGCCUUCCUGAACAAUGAUGAUCUUGGAGAAAACUUAGAUGCGGUGGAAACAUUAAUCCGGAAGCAUAUAGAAUUCGCAAAACUGCUGGAAUCUCAAAUCGGUCGAGUGGACGAACUGGAGAAGUUCGGUAGCAGUCUUUUGGCGAAGCAGCAUCAGGACUCUCCGUAUAUUGAGACCCGGACCAAGGCUAUUCGGUCAAGAGCUAAUAAACUGAAGGAAUCAUGUGUCAUUCGAGGCAAGAAAUUGGAACAAUCGAAACAACUCCACCAAUUCCUACGGGAUCUGACUCACGAACGGGAAUGGAUUGAACUGAAGAUGCAGAUCGCGAAUGAUCACAAUUAUAGAGAAUUAUCAAACCUUCAGUCAAAGAUGGAGAAACAGUCGGCGUUUGAGUCCGAAUUAGCUGCGAACAAACGACGCAUUGAUGACGUAGCUGCUGCAGGGGAGAAACUUAUUGAAUCAGAGCACUACGCAUCACAAGAGAUUGCAAGACACGUCGAAGACCUGGAAAAUCUGUGGAGAGAGUUACAGCACGCGGCGAAACUCCGAUGUGAUAGAUUGCAAGAGGCGUACCAAGCCAGGGUGUUCCUUCGUGGCCUGGACGACUUCAUCAUUUGGUUGGAUGACGUUGAGACGCAAUUACUCAGUGAGGAUCAUGGCAAAGACCUCUCGUCAGUCUGCGCCCUCCUCAAAAAGCACACCCGCCUGGAGCAAGGCGUGGCUAGUAAGGCGGAAGUGGCGACACAACUUGCGGACACCGCUACGCAUCUAGCUGACACAGGACACUUUAUGUCAGAGGAGAUAUUGGAGAAGACCGAGCAGGCUGUCAAACGCUACCGUCAAUUGCAAGAGCCGAUGCAGAUUCGUCGGGACAACCUUGAAGAUGCUGCGUUACUUCACCGAUGGGAAAGAGAUGCUGAUGAAGAAUUACACUGGUUGAAGGAACGGGAAAGCGCUGUGCGCUCUGAAGAAGCUGGAGCGACUCUACCAGAAGCUCAAGCAUUAUUAAAGAAACACUCGGCGUUGGAGGCUGAAAUUAUUGCGCGCGAGUCUACAAUCAACGCAGUGUGCAGUCGCGCGUCAGCAUUAUCUCGGCGCGGACAUUUUGCGGGUAACGCUCUAGAAACGCGCUCGAGAGACCUUAAAAACGCUUUGAAAACGCUCCUCGAAGCAGCGGCGUUACGUUCCGCCAGUCUCAAGGAUAGGGUGCUGUCUUUACAGUUAUUGUCUGAAAUGUGGGAAACUGAAGCGUGGCUGGUGGAAAGAAAGACUGCUCUGUCGGGAGGAGAUACGGGAAGAGAUGAAGAGUCAGUCCUGGGACUGGUGAGAAGAUUGGAAGCUCAACAGAGAGAGUUGACAGCUUUUCUUCCCUCUGUGACGCGAUUGGAGAAGGCUGCGCAGGAACGCAUGAACGAAGACGAAGUCGUAAAAAAGAAGAUGGAUGAUGUGAAGGAGCUUUGCGAAGAGCUGAAACUCCUCUCCGCGAAACGUCAACAGAGAUUGCAACAGAGCCUCAAAUACUUCAAGUUCGUCCAAGAAUGCGAAGAAGUUCAGGAAUGGAUCAGUGAGCAGAUGACAGUUGCCGCUAGUGAAGAGUACGGUCUGGAUGUAGAACAUGUGGACACCCUGCAGCAGGCCUUCGACAACUUCCUACAGCAGCUCCAUGCUAGUGAGGGUCGCAUAGAGGCUGUAUGCGAAGGUGGUACCGCUCUUCUAGAAGAGAACACGCCGGAAGCAGACAGAGUGAAACAGAAGAUGGAAGAUAUUCGUGGAUUGUGGGAUGAUCUUAAGGAACUGGCUGUUGCCAGACAAGAGGCGUUAGCUGGAGCUCGGCAAGUCCACGAAUUCGACAGAUCUGCGGAGGAAACGUUAGCAUGGGUGGCUGAAAAAGAGGCUACUCUUCAACUCCUGAAGCAAUUGCAUCAGCUGAGGGCUUUAAGGGCUGAUUUGAACGCCAUUAGAGAGAAGCACGCCCACCUCAAGAACGAAGCAGACAGGCUUGGAGCUGCCUUCCCAGACGCAAAGGAACACGUGCAAGCCAAACUGGAGGACGUGACGGAGGCCUUGGAGGCUUUAGAAGAACGAGCGGCCCAUUGCGAACAGCAACUGCAACUCGCCGAUCAGCUGCAGGCCUACUUCGACACCUACCAGGAGCUUAUGGCGUGGACAAAUGAAACAAUGGCUCGGGUGACAGCACCAGAGUUGGGCAGCGACGUGGCGGCAGCAGAACGACUUGUCGCAAGACAUCGAGAUAUCUCACCGGAAAUGGACGCUAAAGAUGACGCUUUCCACACCUUUUAUGCUGAUGGUGAAAAACUUGUCAGCGAUGGCCACUUCCUAUCGUCAGAAGUGGAAGGUCGCAUGUCUGCUUUACGGGCGCGACGUUCCGCGCUGAGUGCCGCUUGGCAAGCAAGAGCAACGAUUUACGAACAGCACCUAGAUGCUCUCAUCUUCCUGAGGGAUGCUGAGGCACUGGAUCAAUGGAUAAGUGCCAGAGUGCCGCUAGUAAGAGACGGAAAGUACGGAGACAGCGUGGCGCAGACGGAAGAAUUGAUUAACAGGCACAGAGAUCUAGAAGAGACCAUAGACGCGCAGAAAGAGAAGUUCAACGCACUUAAGAGAAUUACACUGAUCGAAAGUGCGUUCAAAGAGCAGAAGCAAGAGGAAGAACAAGCUCGCAAACGCCAAGCAGAAUAUCAAGAGGCGGAGAGAUUGAGAUUAGUGAAGAGGAGGGAGAUGGAGAGAAUCGCGGAGGAGAGAAGGAGAGAGAGUGGCAGUCAGCAGAGUAGGCAGGAUGUGCAGAUGGAACGUCAACUCAGCAAUCAGGACAGCGUGGUGUCUUCUGAAGAAACCUUUUCACCGGCACCGCAGUUCGACAGACUGCCAAAGAGCGAUACUUUGGUUAAGAGGGCAGAGAGUAUGAGUGUGGCAACUAAGACUCCAAAGCGAACUCCCUCGUUCACAACACGUAGACGAACACAAAGCUUUAGAAGACACAGACAGCCGGACGAACUACCGCCAGUCGAGAUUGAAGGCUACUUAGAACGAAAGCAAGAGGCGGGAGUGGGCGGUAAACGAGCGACUGUGCGCUCGUGGCGUUCGUACUACGGUGUGUUGUGCGGACAGUUGCUCUGCUUCUUCAGAGACCAAACUGACUUCGCCAGCAGUAAGGCGGCGGCGCCACCUGUAGCUAUACUUAACGCACGUUGUGAACCAGCCAGCGACUACACCAAACGGGCCCAUGUGUUCCGCCUCUCGUGUACCGAUGGAGCCGAAUACCUCUUCGCCUGCGCUCGUCACGAGCUGAUGAUGGAGUGGGUCGCGAAGAUCUCCUUCCACGCCGCGUUACCGCCACAGCUUCAGCUCACACCAUAUGAAGCUUCAUCGCCAGCUGACGAUGUCAGGAAACGUUUGAGAAACGCUUCAACGUCAUCGUCAGCGACUUCUUCGCCGGACACACAACGCAAGGUGCGAACUCAAAGUGAGAUUUUGAAGGAACACCGCGCCGCGAACACGCCAGAGAGAAUCAUAGAGUCGUCGGUGUUGCCAUCUUUGCCCCCGAGACAACCUCCACAGGAGGAUGAGAUCAUACUUAGAAAUUCUGAACACGUAAGCGGUUCCUGGGGACGAACGCGUUUUUCAAAUGGCCGCGAUAUUAAUGCUGAAUUCCUACGAACGCAGAGAGAAGCUGCCUCGGGACAAAUAGUUACAGAGCGACCGCCAGCGAUACCUGAACGGGCACCGGUCAUCCCCGAAAGGGGACCAAAUGUGCCAGACAGAUCACAAACUAAACAGAGACCAGAAAGAGUGUCAGUCGUAUCUGACAGGGCAUCGGUCAUGUCCGACAGAGGGUCGGUGAUGUCUGACAGGGGAUCUGUCAUGUCUGACAGGACGUCUGUCAGAUCGGACAGAGUCUCGAGUGACAGAGAAUUCGAUAAAAACUCGAACGAAAGGAACUCCGCGUCGGCACGCAGUUCUAGCGAGAGAUUUGACAAAAACUCAAAUGACAGACACGAGAACUAUAGAUACACAGAGAGAUCGGAAGGUUCGACCGUCUCUCAAGGGGAUAAAUCUGUUACGGCCAUGGUUAACAGCUACCAGCAAAAGGUUAAUAAGAACUGGCAAGAGAAAGAGAAGAAUCCCAGCUGGAAUAAUAAUUGGCAGGGUGUCGAAACGACCUCGCACUUCUAUUCGGCGAGUGAGCUGGCGUACGGUGGUAAUAGCGGAAGUAACACUCGCCCUGCGUCAGUCGCCGGAAGUGGAGGCUCUCCAGCUUUAGAUCAGAGACCAGCGUCUAGAUCAUCAGGAGAAUCAGAAUUGUCUGUCGGUGGAACAAAAGAGAAGAAAGACAAGAAAGGCGUCUUCGGUGGUCUGUUCAGUAGAAAGAAGAGACCACAGAGUCAUAUGUAG